UCGCUGCCUUGGUUUAUGGUUGUGGAAACAGCUGCUUCUAAUCUAAUCUCCCUACUUUGCACUGUAGGUGGGUAUAUGAGCAUUCUGCCAUACAUAGAAGAGGAAAAAGCUUGGGUAUUUUUAGCAAUAAACAAGCAAAUGGGGGGUGUGCAUUUUAGCAGCGAGAGAGCAAAAGGGGCUCUGCUAGCUUUUUUCUGGAUGCUGAGUUUGAUUUCACUAUCAUGCGCGGCUAGGCUAAGUGUGUCGAGACAGAAGCUUCAAGUGCAAAAUCACUUGAACCGCUUGAACAAACCGGGUGUUAAAACCAUCCAGAGUCCAGAUGGUGACAUUAUAGACUGUGUUCACAUCUCUCACCAGCCUGCUUUUGAUCAUCCUUUUCUCAAAGACCACAAAGUUCAGAUGAGGCCUAGUUACCACCCAGAAGGUCUUUUUGACGAGAACAAGGUCUCUUACAAACACACUGAGAAACCCAUAACUCAGUUGUGGCACAUGAAUGGUAAAUGUCCCCAAGGAACCAUUCCUAUCAGAAGAACUAAGGAAGAAGAUGUUUUGAGGGCAAGCUCAGUUAAAAGAUAUGGUAAGAAGAAGCAUAGGGCCAUCCCUCAGCCCAGGUCUGCAGAUCCCGAUCUCACCAAUGAAAGUGGUCAUCAGCAUGCAAUAGCAUAUGUGGAAGGUGAUAAGUAUUAUGGAGCUAAAGCAACCAUAAACGUUUGGGAACCCAAAAUACAGCAGCCUAAUGAGUUCAGCUUAUCCCAGCUGUGGAUUCUUGGAGGUUCUUUUGGUGAAGAUCUUAAUAGCAUUGAAGCAGGUUGGCAGGUUAGCCCGGAUCUCUAUGGUGACAACAAUACAAGGCUUUUCACCUACUGGACCAGUGAUGCAUAUCAAGCUACAGGCUGCUACAAUCUCCUCUGUUCUGGUUUCAUUCAAGUUAACAGUGAAAUAGCAAUGGGAGCAAGUAUAUCUCCUGUUUCAGCUUAUCGUAAUUCUCAAUAUGAUAUCAGUAUACUUGUAUGGAAGGAUCCAAAGGAGGGGCAUUGGUGGAUGCAGUUUGGUAAUGACUACGUGCUGGGUUAUUGGCCUUCCUUCUUAUUCUCCUACUUGGCGGAAAGCGCUUCGAUGAUCGAGUGGGGAGGUGAAGUAGUGAAUUCAGAAGCAGAUGGUCAUCAUACGUCCACUCAAAUGGGCAGCGGCCGAUUCCCAGAAGAAGGAUUUGGCAAGUCUAGUUAUUUCAGGAACAUACAAGUUGUUGACGACUCCAAUAAUCUCAAGGCUCCCAAAGGACUCGGCACCUUUACAGAACAGUCCAACUGCUAUGAUGUACAAACAGGGAGUAACGGGGAUUGGGGCCAUUACAUUUAUUAUGGGGGCCCCGGUAAAAACCCCAAUUGUCCCUAAAAGCAAAGUGGGAAAGCACCCUUUCUUGUUUUUUUCCACCCUUGUCCUUUGUAUCAUUCAAACCCUGGUGCUAUCUUUUAACUAUUGCGUUGGAUUAGUAAACCUGCUAAGCGGGAUGUUAGUUUUGA